GCACUGCGUGCUGCUGCAGAGAUUUUCUAAUCAUGGUGGUGUUACACGUGUUGUUCGAGCAUGCGGCGGGUUACGCGCUGUUUGCCGUCAAAGAGGUGGAGGAGAUCGGCAUGCUGCUGCCUCAGGUUGAGGAGAGCGUGCUGAGCCUGGCAAAGUUCAACAGCAUGGUGAGCCUGGCUGCCUUCUUUCCGUUCAAGUCGGCUCAGGCUGCCCUGGAGAACAUGAAUGCCAUCUCUGAAGGUGUGGUUCACGCUGACCUGAAGUUGUUUUUGGAGACAAACUUGCCGCUUUCUGGAAAGAAGAAGCCUUCCUUAGGGGUUUCCGAUGCCAAGAUCGGCGCAGCUUUACAAGAAGAGUUUACUAUCUCUAUCCAGACCGGUGGAGUGGUAGCUGAGAUAACCAGAGGUGUGCGACUGCACUUCCACUCCCUGGUGAAGGGUCUGACUGCCCUGGCAGCCUCCAAGGCACAGCUGGGUCUGGGCCACAGCUACUCCAGAGCUAAAGUCAAGUUCAACGUCAACAGGGCUGACAACAUGAUCAUCCAGUCGAUUGCUCUGUUGGAUCAGCUGGACAAAGACAUCAACACUUUCUCUAUGCGUGUGCGUGAAUGGUACGGCUACCACUUCCCAGAGCUGAUCAAAAUCGUGUCGGACAACUCCAUGUACUGCCGCCUGGCUCAGCUCAUUGGCAACAGGAAGGAGCUGUCAGAGGAGAGUCUAGAGAGCCUGGAGGAGGUGGUGAUGGACAAUGCCAAGGCUCAGUCCAUCCUGGAGGCAUCACGCUCUUCUAUGGGUAUGGAUAUUUCUCCCAUUGACCUCAUCAACAUAGAAAGGUUCUCAAAUCGUGUCGUGUCCCUGGCUUCCUAUCGGCUGGAGCUGCAGGAGUAUCUCCGUUCAAAGAUGAGCCAAGUGGCUCCAAACCUGGCAGCCUUGAUUGGAGAAGUGGUUGGAGCUCGUCUGAUCUCACAUGCUGGCAGUCUAACCAACUUGGCCAAGUAUCCAGCGUCCACCGUUCAGAUCCUGGGAGCAGAGAAGGCCCUGUUCAGAGCCCUGAAGACACGUGGCAACACCCCCAAGUACGGCCUCAUCUUCCACUCGACCUUUAUUGGACGUGCAGCUGCCAAGAAUAAAGGCCGCAUCUCCAGAUAUCUCGCAAACAAGUGCACCAUCGCCUCACGUAUCGACUGCUUCUCUGAGGUACCUACGAGCGUGUUUGGUGACAAGCUGCGUGAACAGGUGGAGGAGCGUCUGUCUUUCUACGAGACUGGCGACAUUCCACGGAAAAAUGUGGACGUCAUGAAAGACGCCGUGAAGGAGGCUACUGAUGUUGCAGCCGAGAUCAAGCGCAAGAUGGAGAAGAAAGAAAAGAAACGCAAGAAGCGUGAGAAAAAGUUGCAAGACGCAAAUGGAGAAGCCAACGGUGAAGCUGAGGUGGAGAACGGAGAAGCAGACACCCCUGUGGUGAAGAAGAAAAAGAAGAAGCAAGCAGCUGAGGAGAUGGAGGUCCAGGCAGAGGAGACCCCUGCCGCAGAGAACGGAGCAGAGGAGACUUCAGCAAAGAAGAAGAAGAAACGAAAAGCUGAGGCUGAGGUCCAGGCAGAAGACGCUGCCGCCACAGACAAUGGAGCAGAGGAGACUGAAACUCCAGCAAAGAAGAAAAAGAAACGAAAGACUGAGACCGUGGAGGCUGAAGAGACCCCAGAAAUACCUGUGUCUGAGAAGAAAAAGAAGAAGAAAAAAGAGGCUGCAGACUAAAGACAUAAAUCUGCAGACAGAGACUGAAUCUUUAUUUUUCUGUACAGCUUUAUUUUUAUUCAUUUUACACUUACCUGAGGCUAGUUUGUCAGCAGCUUUAUGUUGUCCUGUCUUUCAUUUAUAAAACCUCAAAGCAGGUUAGAUUGCAAAGAGAAAAAUAACCGUGCCUUGAACUCAAUGUGAUUUACUUGUACUUCUGUAAAUAAAUUGUUUAUCAAAUAAACUUUUUUUU